CUCUCAGUUCCUAAUAUUGGGCUUGAUGUGUACGUCGUCAUCGGGAAAGCGCCAAGCUUGGGAUGGAAACGUUGGCGUUUACUUGAAGCUCACAAGUGAGGCCGUCGUUUUAAAAGGGAAGGUGGGCGGCCCGGAAGAAGUUGACAUGAUGGUUUGGUCCGAGCCUGCCUGAGCGGCUGUUGUGGAAAAACAUGAGUGGAGGCUUAGCACCCAGCAAAAGCACUGUUUAUGUGUCCAAUUUACCCUUUUCACUGACAAACAAUGACCUAUAUAGGAUUUUUUCCAAGUAUGGCAAAGUGGUUAAAGUUACGAUUAUGAAGGACAGAGAUACACGAAGGAGUAAAGGGGUUGCAUUUAUUUUGUUUUUGGAUAAAGAAUCUGCACAGAACUGUUCUCGGACACUUAACAAUAAACAAUUAUUUGGAAGAGUAAUAAAGGCAAGUAUUGCUAUUGACAAUGGAAGAGCUGCAGAAUUCAUCCGCAGGCGAAACUACUAUGACAAAUCAAAAUGUUAUGAAUGUGGGGAAACGGGGCACUUAAGUUAUGCAUGCCCUAAAAACAUGCUAGGAGAACGUGAGCCACCAAAAAAGAAGGAAAAGAAGAGAAGGAAGAAAGUAGUUGAGCCAGAAGAAGAAAUUGAGGAAGUGGAAGAAAGUGAAGAUGAAGGAGAAGACCCUGCGCUCGAUAGCCUCAGUCAAGCUAUAGCGUUCCAGCAAGCCAAAAUUGAAGAAGAGCAGCAAAGAUCAACACAGACUGCAGGAGGACCAUCAACAUCUGACUCGAGACGUCCCCGGAUCAAAAAGAGUGCAUAUUUCAGUGAUGAGGAAGAACUCAGUGAUUAAAUUAUGUUUUAUGUAAACUUGUAAAAUGUAGACUUGUGUUCUAUAAGCUUUGUUUUGCUGUUUAGACUUCUCUACUGUUGUAUAUAAAAAUAAUGGUAAUUUGAGAACACCAAAUAUUUCUAAUAUGCCAGAUGAUUUUGUUUAUCAUCAAAAGUUCACUGUAUUCAUGAUUAUCAUCUUGCUUUAAAAUCAAUUGCAGUGUUCUCAUUUGAUCCUCAAACAUAUUGAUUAAAAUGCUUUUUAUUAUAA